AUGUCUGUUGUUGAAGUAACCAAAUUAAUUGGUGAAGAGGGACAUCAAGUGCCCCUGACGCUGAAGAGAAGCAAUGAGACUGGAUAUUUUCUGUUGAAACCGUUUUUACCACUGCUGCAACAAUUAUUAUCAGGUGAAGGUGACGCUACAAUUGAUGACGUCGGUAGUACAGAGAUUGACGCUCAGCAAGAGGAUCGUAUUUUGUCAAAAUAUGGAAUUUUAGUUGAUACUGAUGAUAGCAAUGAAAAAUGGAUUACCGGUGAAAAGGCAUUCGAAUUGAUGCAAUUAUUAAACAUUUUACACCUAUUCAGAGAGAAUUUUGAGAAGCAAGCUGAUGGUGAUGAAAACUACCAUCAACAACAGCAACAGCAACAGCAACAACAGCUACAACAGGAAUCCCCUCACGAUCAAGACCAUGCAGGGUCGGGAACAGCUGUAAAUAAUCGAGAACUGGAAGGGUUGAAGAAUGAGUCUGGUGAUAGCGGUGCCUCUAGCCAUAGUAGUGGUAAAGAUGAGGACGUUUCUGGUAGCAAUAGCCACAAAAGGCCUAAUAAUGAAUUAGGUAUAAAUGUUGAAGCUCAGAGGGAGUUAGGAUCACCUUUGAAAAGGCUGAGAUUAGAUAGGAAUUCACCUCCAGAUGAGACGAUGGCGUCAUUUGCAACAACCACAGACGUCAAGCCUGCUGAAGUCUCCAAUACAAGAUCUAUCGUUACGUACAAUCACGAUCUGAAUCCCUCACUCGUUAGCGUUCCGCUUAGCAUCAAAAGGUCACAGUCACCACCGAUUGUGCCUGACAACAACCAAAGGAUGAAAUUAGAGGCUUUUCUACAGAGGUUGCUAUUUCCUGAGGUUCAAGAUUUAUCUUCGGCUGCACACGAUACCCAUCACCAAAUGACGUUUGAAACUCUUUUACAUGAGGUUGAUAUGACUUUCCCCGAUGUCUCAUUGAAUCUAAAUGUUCCUGUUGAUGAACAUGGUAAUACUCCACUACACUGGUUAGCUUCGAUUGCAAACCUAGAUGUCGUUAAGCAAUUGGUCAAAAAUGGUUCCAACAGAUUUUUGGGUGACAAUAUCGGUGAAUCUGCCCUUGUAAAGGCAGUUAAAUCUGUAAACAAUUACGAUUCAGGAACUUUUGAAGAGCUGUUAGACUAUCUCUACCCAUGUUUGAUUUUGGAAGACAGUAUGAAUAGAACAAUUUUACAUCACAUCGUGAUAACUUCAGGUAUGACAGGUUGUUCUUCAGCUGCAAAAUACUACUUGGAUAUUUUAAUGGGGUGGAUCGUUAAGAAGCAAUCAAGAUCAAUUGAAGGUUCGGGAUCAGAUCCUAUCCUCGAUACUUUGGAUUUAAAAUGGGUCAUUUCUCACAUGCUUAACGCACCUGAUUCCAACGGUGAUACUUGUCUCAACAUCGCUUCGAGGCUGGGUAAUGUUGCCCUUGUAGAUGCUCUAUUGGACUACGGUGCAGAUCCUUACGUUGCUAAUAAAUCAGGAUUACGUCCAGUGGAUUUUGGUGCUGGAACAUCAAAGUUGCUUUCUAAUGGAAUUUCCACCGCUGGUCUUAACCACCUGGCUGAUCCUGCAUCUACCACUGCUGGGGAUACUAAAGUCCCAGAUACCAUGUCAUUAAUCGAAGAGAUGCAAGCUUUAUUGGGGACAGUGUCAAAAGAUUACGACUCCGAAGUCAAGGAACAUCAAGAAAAACUGGAUAGACUUCACAAGGAUUUGAAUUCUCACCGUGAAAUGUUAGCGGCAUGUCGUGAUAGGUUGGCUCACGCCAAACAGUUGCAAGAUGAACACGCCCUAUUAAAGGAACAACUGGCCAAUAUUAAAAAGGAAAUACAAGAAGAAGAAGAAAGUUUUCGCCUAGAAAGUAAACAAUUAGGUAUAUCGCCCGAUGAUGAUUCAGGAGCAGAUUGGGAUUCAAGUGAAUUUGAUGCUGACGAACCGUUUAGGGUUGAUUUCAUUUAUGACAUUUUAGAGAACAAAUUGGUUAAUGAAUAUGGCGGUAAUAUCGAUAAGUUACUUGCAACUGAAUCUGUAGACAAGAUUUUGAAGCAUGUACGAUCCACUUGUUCGCAGAACGGUGAGGAUAAAUUGGAAACAAUGUUACCGCCAUCGUUCUUACUAAAAGCAAGAAUCAAUGCUUACAAGAGAAAUGGAGAUCGUUUGAAUUCAACGAUAGACGUCAUCAAACAAAAGCAGAGUGAUUUGGAGAGUAAAUUUAGAAGAGUUCUUUGUCUGUGUCUGAAGGUGGACGAGGAUAAAGUUGACGGUAUGUUAGAUGGGUUGUUACAGGCUAUUUCAUCCGAGGACCCUCAAGAUGUGGACACUGAAGAGAUGCAAGAUUUUUUGAAAAAGCAUGCGGUAUAA